AUACCUACACCUGCUGCAAAAGUAAAUAUUGUAGUUGUUGGAGACGAAAACUGUGGGAAAUCAACAUUUGUCACCGGGUUCCUCUCUAGUAUGGCGACCAAAACCUGCAGGGCGCAAAAGAUCCACCAAACCAUUCAGAUUCACGAACAGGACGUAUCAGUGUCCCCCGGUGAAACCGUUCAGUUGGUUCUCUGGGACUUUCCAGGGCACGAAUCUUUUGACCGCUUGCGCCCGUUGGGGUACACAGAGGCAGAUGUGGCUAUUAUUUGUUUCGACGUAAACGAUCGCACCAGCUUUGAAAGCGUUAUCCGACGCUGGAAGCUAGAAUUAGAUAUAUACAGUCCCGGUGUUCCCGUAGUGUUGGUGGGGUUGAAAACGGACAUCAGGGGGGACGAAAAUAGAAUC